AAACCGAACCGGGAGGCAAAGGCCUUGCACUUGCCACUAGUGGCUCUCAAUCAGCUGCGGGUUUAGUGGUCUUCUAAAACUGCCCUUUGAUGAUUAACUUGGCAAAUUUUGAGUGGUCAAGACCCGAGGGAAAUAUGAAAUUAAUUGAUGAUUGUAUCCAUUUCUGGGAAAUCCCCCUUUUUUUUUUUUUUUUUGACCUUUUCCAUUAGACAUCUCUGCUCCAGCUCUCUUCUCAUCUUUGUGGACAAAAAGCUCUAAUUUCAGAACUCACCCAUCAGAGGUUAUCACAGUGUUUCUAGCAGAUACCCAAGUCGUUAAAUUUGGAAUAGAAGAGGGUUUCGACCCAUUGCUAUUGAUGGGUUUGCUUGCUAUGAACUGUUGCUGGAGGACCAAAACAAUCUAUGUAUCUGCAGCCUUAUUUCCCAGUAGAAAUUCUACUUUCACAUGUAGGAAGUUUAGUGGCCCAUAUGAUUCUCCAAAGUUCGUAGUCACUAAGUUAUGCAGUGGAUUUGGAGCUAAAGUAAGGGCUUUUGCAAGUAGGAAUUCAGUUAAGAAAUUGAAAAGACGAAGUGAAGCACGAAAAAAUGCAAAUCCACCGCCUAAUAGACUGGAAGGUGGGUCUCCCUCUGGAGAUGAUUAUGCUCAGGACGACAAUAAGAUGUCCUCUGUUGAGAAUUUGGAUGGGCAGAGUUCAAUAACCAUCCCAUCCAGGAGUGCUGUGCUUCAGGCAUGCACUGUCACUUCUGGAUUGAUAACUGCUUUAGGUGUUACCAUCCGACAGGUUUCUCACACUGCAUCAAUGGAAGGAUUACCAAUCCUUGACUGCUCAAAGGAAGUAUCAUUUAGUUUUGAGAUGUGGCAUCUUCAGUUGAUUACAGGAUUAGUUAUACUGAUAUCAUCAUGCCGGUACUUACUAUUGAAGACAUGGCCAGAUUUCUCAGAGUCUAGUGAGGCUGCUAAUCAACAGAUCCUUACUCCAUUACAACCUCUGGAUUAUAUGGUUGUAGCAUUUCUGCCUGGAGUUAGUGAAGAACUCCUUUUUCGUGGUGCAUUAUUACCACUUUUUGGACUCGAUUGGAAAGGUGCCUUGGUAGUUGCUGCUCUUUUUGGUGUUUUGCAUCUGGGAAAUGGCCGAAAAACUUCCUUUGCGAUCUGGGCAACAUUUGUUGGAUUUGCUUAUGCUUAUGCGACAAUUGUAUCCUCAAGCAUCAUUGUUCCUAUGGUUUCUCAUGCAGCAAAUAAUCUUGUUGGAGGGGUUGUAUGGAGCUACACAUCAAAAUCAUCAAAAUAGACAUGCACCAGCAAAUGCAAGAUGUCUUGCUGUUACUGCAACAUACAUAAAAUUCCACGAGUCCACGAUUGAGGAAUGCGGUGAAAAUUGAUGGAAUUUGUGCUUGGUGCUCACUGCAGAUUCAUGAAUGGAGCCAAUAUAUAUAUAUAUAUAUAUAUAUUCAUUAUCUAGAUGAUGAUGUUGAAAUCAAUAUUAUCUUGAAUGUGCGUAGUGCAGAGAUGUAAUGCAAUCCUCGGCUGGAGAUGACCCAACCCAAACCAAUACUAACCCACUUAAGUUCACAUUUGAACCAAUGUGACCACAAGCCUGACCAAAGCUCUCGAGUUUUCUGUGACUUUUGUAAUAUUGGAGUCCCAGAUUUACUGUUUUAUAUAAGUUGACAACUUUUAUAUUGUUUUUCAAGGCUUUGUUAUGUGUAUUUGUUUCUGAAUUUUGUUUCCAAUGCUAAUGUUCUGCUUUUCAUUAUGGUACUAGCAGAAUUGAUAUGAAUACAUAUGUAUUUUUUAGAUAUUAUUUGGAUAAAUAUUGUGAAAUAAAUCUUAUGAGUUUUGUUAAGUA